AUGUCAACCAACCCCUCCCGCGAUCCCUCCCCCGCCCCCCAAAUACCGCCCGAAGCGUCCCCCACAGCAGCAGCCACCGCACACCCAAAGCGCCCCGCCUCCCCAGCACACCAGGACCAGCACACAGACUCGAAGAGAGUCAAGACGGACCAAGGCACAGAACGAUUACGAGAGACUAGAGAGAACGGCAAGAUGUCUGACGUCGAUAUGGAAUCCACCCAACCCGCUUCCGAAUCCUCCCUCCCCGCCCCUUCCUCCUCCAAGGCCGACCCCGGCCCUCAACAAAUCUCCAUGCGUUCCCUCAUCGUGACGCAGGAUGCUAGUAUCAUCAUCGGCCGCGGAGGUGCUCACGUCAACGAAAUCCGAGACAAAUCCUCUGCCCGAGUGACCGUCUCCGAAUCCAUCCCCGGCAAUCCGGAACGCAUCCUGAACGUGUCUGGCCCCCUCGACGCCGUCGCCAAAGCCUUCGGCCUCAUCGUCCGCCGCAUCAACGACGAACCCUUUGACGUCCCCUCCGUCCCCGGCUCCCGCGCCGUCACCAUCAAAUUCAUCAUCCCCAACUCGCGCAUGGGCUCCGUCAUCGGCAAAGGCGGGUCUAAAAUCAAGGAAAUCCAAGAAGCCUCUGGCGCGCGUUUGAACGCUUCUGAAGCGAUGUUGCCGGGGAGCACGGAGCGGGUCUUGUCGGUGAGCGGGGUGGCGGAUGCGGUGCAUAUCGCGGUGUACUAUAUCGGCACGAUCUUGUUGGAGUAUCAGGAAAAGUUCCCGGCGCAGGGUGGGGGGUCGUAUCGACAGUCGAGUGGGGGUGAGCGGGAACGGGGUGGGGAGAGGAGGGGACCGCCUCCGGCGUUUAGCCCGAGUGCGCCGCCUCCUCCGGGGAUGCAGCAACAGCAAAUCUUUAUUCCCAACGCCUUUGUCGGUGCCAUCAUCGGCCGGGCGGGAGCCAAAAUCAACGAAAUCCGAACCCAAUCCGCCUGCCAAAUCCGCGUCACCGACCCAGGAUCCACCCUGCCAGACGGUCCUCCUGCAAACCCCGAAGAAAGGCUGGUGGUGAUUACGGGGUAUCCUGACAAUAUCCAGAGCGCCAUUACGCUUUUGUACAGUGUGAGUCUUUCUUGUUUCGAUUGA